AUGUAUGCUGGUCGGAAGGUUCUAGAUUUAGAGUUUAUGGAGGGUGAGCAGGUUCUUCUGAAGAUUUCACCCAUGAAGGGUGUUUUGCGAUUUGGGAAGAGAGGCAAGUUAAGCCUGAGGUACAUUGGUCCAUUUGAGAUUCUCCGUCGUGUUGGUGCGGUGGCUUAUGAGUUAGCUUUGCCACUAGGCUUGUUGGGUGUUCCUCCUAUAUUCCUUAUUUCUAUGCUGAAGAGGUGUCAUUUAGACAUGUCUUACAUCAUUCGUUGGGACUCUAUGUUGCUUGAUGAGAAUCUGUCUUAUGAGGAGGAGCCUAUAUCUAUCUUGGAUAGGCAUGUGAGAAAGUUGAGGUCUAAGGAGAUAGCUUCUAUUAAGGUGCAAUGCAAGCACCGUCUUGUUGAGAAGGCCACAUGGGAGCUGAGUUCGAUAUACGUUUCAGAUAUCCUCAAUUGUUUGCUGACUCAGUUUGCAUCUGGGAGAUCUCAGGUGAUUGGCGGGUUUUAG